AUGGCCACUGGAGCAGCUUACAAGGGGUCUGACCUUGUUUCUGACUACAAUUGUUCGAAGUGUGAGAUAUUUGACCUAAACGUUGAAGCCCAGCACUUCUGUUCAGAAUGUGAACACUAUCUGUGUGACAAUUGUGUAAAAUCUCAUAAUGAAUAUCAUAGAAAGCAUACCGUGUACAAACGUGAAGACAUUCCGAAGUGGGCGGGGGUCACGAUUGACAGAUGUGACCAACAUGGCAAAAAGCUGGAGUACAACUGUAAUGUCCACCAGGAAUUGUGCUGCUACCGUUGUCGAGAACACAACCACGGGCGGUGUAGCAGCUUCAGUCGCCUGCCUGACCUGGCCAAAGACUUCCUGAAAACUGAAGAGUACAAGCAGCUGCCAGCAGCAGUGGACAAACUGAGGUGCAGUCUGGAUGAGCUCAAAAAUGAUAGAAUGAACAAUGAAGCCUUACUAAAUGACACAUACAAGAAAACUUUGGCUGAAGUCAAGACACUCCGCAAAAAAAAUAAACAACAUUUUGGACCAGCUGGAGAAGACGACAGUUGA